CCUGGGGACGCGGCCAUGGCGGCCCGGCUGUGGCGGGCGCUGGUCCCCUCGCCGGCCGUGCCGCCGCCGCCGCCGGGCCGGGGCUCCGGCCCCCGCCUCCUGCCGAGCCGGACCCUCAAAGGGGGGCUGAAGUCGGCCCUCCGCUUCGAGGCGGAGCGGGAGCGGCGCCAGCGCCUCAAGUGCCCGCCGCCGCCGCCGCUGCGCCGAUCACACAAGCCCAAUUGGGAUUAUCAGGCCGAAAUACAAGCAUUCAGCCGCCGACUUCAUGAAAACUUUUCCUUAGAGCUCCUGAAGACGGCGUUUGUUAAUAGAUGUUACAUUCAAAGCGAGGAGGCCAGGCGCCAAGAACUCGGAGUAGAGGAGCAAGCGGCGGCCCUGAAGCUCAAAGAUAAUCAAGAACUCUCCGAACAAGGGGCUGCCUUUUCCCACACUUACCUCACUCAGCUGUUUGAAGAUACUUUCCCAAACAUGCCCCCGGAAGGCGUAGCCGCUCUCGUCGGUUUUCUCACCGGCCCCGAAGUCGUGUGUCACGUGGCCAGAAACCUGGCGGUGGAAGAAUUGACGCUGAGCGCCGAUUUCCCGGUGCCCCAGACCGUUCUCCGCCAGACUUUCUUCGCUGUACUGGGGGCAUUACUGAAGAGCGAUGGGCCUCAGAGGACAGCAGUUUUCAUCAGGGACUUCUUGAUCCCUCAGAUGACUGGAAAAGAGCUGUUCGAAAUGUGGAAGGUCGUGAAUCCCAUGGGACUCCUCGAGGACGAGAUGACGAAAAGAAACGUUCCCAUCCCCGAGCCCAGGCUUACCAGGCAGUCUGGAAGUAGCACGGUUUUACCGGUGUACUUCGUUGGCUUAUACUGUGAUCAGAAGCUAAUAGCGGAAGGACCAGGGGAGACCGUACUGGUUGCAGAGGAAGAAGCCGCUCGCGUGGCCCUGAGGAAACUUUACGGCUUCACGGAAAAUAGGCGACCUUGGGAUUAUUCAAAACCGAAACAAGACUCGAGAGCGGAAAAGGCUUUCCUGUCACUGCCUGCUAACUAAUCAAGCCCAAGGUAGCGCAGAGGCAGAAGAAUUUAAGAAGCAGACUCGGAGAGAUCUCGAUUUGGUAGAAGAGGCUGAGUUGUAAUUAGUCCUGAUUUGAAGUGGAACUGUUUAAAAUGUUUAUUUGCCAAUGCUAUCAAUAAAAAAAACUUCCUAAAUGGUCAUUAA